CAGCGGCCGGGACUCGGGCCGCCGCCGCCGCCGCCGCCGCCGCCGUCGCCGCCACCGCGGGCGUGUCCAGGGCUGGCCUCGGGCCUCGGCCCCCUCGGUCGGCGCUGUCCCUUUGUCUGGGCUCCCCCUCCAACCCCGCCUAGCUGCUGUCACGGGGCUCACAGUGGUGGCCCCCGCCCUGGCCGGCAGGCCGCCCCCGGAACGGCAGUGCAGACCGCGGCCAGACUGGAGGAUUCCGCAGCCCUAGUUCACCCCCGCUGUGAACCGGAUCGCCAGUGGCGCCCCUUGCGUCCCCGGUGAGGAAACGAGACGCAGAGAGGACAGAGCUGUGCAGGAGGCUACUCACGCAUCCAUCCGCCCAUCCACCCACCCACCAAAUCCUCGUUGAGCACCUACCACGAAGUGCUAGGUCCUGGGGUUACCGUUGUGUGUUUUCUGGAAGGGAAGAAACGGAACAAGCUUGGAAAGCCAGAAGCCAAGUCUGGAAGUCUGGAGGGCUUGAAAACACAGACUUGGAGGGCGAGUCAUCCUAAGAAUUAGCGAUUCAACACCCCAUUAGGAACUUCCUUAGCAAACCCGAGAAAGAGAUCAGGCAAGACUUGUGCUGGGCAGACCCUUUGGAGUGAGGCUUUCUGUGCCGGGCAGGUAUUCCCUCUUAGUCCUCGAUCCGCUGCAGCUAAUCAGUAACCAAGGACCAUGUGACCACUGCUCACAGAGACUUGAUCAGGCAGGUGAUGAUGGUGAAUUAAAGGAAUACGACCUCCCAAGAUGGUGGAACUGGAACUGAGGAGGUAUUGAUUGCAAAGUAUUAUUCCUGAAAAAUUAGAAUCUUACACUUUCAAGAGAACUCCACAGAGGCGUUUCCCAGGAAGUCAAAAUUUAAAAAGCUCCUCUGAAGAGAAAGAGAAGAUUCAACAGGCCACUGUGAUGUUUCAAGCAAGAGAAAAUGAGGAGAAAGACAAGAAAUUUCAGGCAUAAGACAGUUAAAGACAAUAAAACACUUACGGAAGUAAGUGAGCAAGAAUCUGAAAAAGAUGGUAGUCAGUGCUUGGAUCCUAUAACAAGCAGGAGAAUUCAGGCUGAAAAGAAACAGUAUGUAUGUACUGAGUGUGGGAAAGCUUUUAGUCAGAGUGCAAACCUUACAGUGCAUGAGAGAAUCCACACAGGAGAGAAACCCUAUAAGUGUAAGGAGUGUGGAAAAGCCUUCAGUCAUAGCUCCAACCUUGUUGUUCAUCGGAGAAUCCACACUGGACUGAAGCCCUACACAUGCAGUGAAUGUGGGAAAUCUUUCAGUGGUAAGUCACACCUCAUUCGGCACCAGGGAAUCCAUAGUGGGGAAAAAACGUAUGAAUGUAAGGAGUGUGGGAAAGCCUUUAGUCGGAGUUCAGGUCUUAUUUCACAUCAUAGAGUUCACACUGGGGAGAAGCCCUACACUUGUAUUGAAUGUGGGAAAGCCUUUAGCCGUAGUUCAAAUCUUACUCAACAUCAAAGAAUGCACAAAGGAAAAAAAGUUUACAAAUGUAAGGAGUGUGGGAAAACAUGUGUUUCUAAUACAAAGAUUAUAGACCAUCAGAGAAUCCACACAGGGGAGAAGCCUUACGAGUGUGAUGAGUGUGGAAAAACUUUCAUUUUAAGGAAGACCCUUAGUGAACAUCAGAGACUCCACCGUAGAGAGAAACCUUACAAAUGUAAUGAAUGUGGGAAAGCUUUUACUUCUAAUCGAAACCUUAUUGAUCAUCAGAGAGUUCACACUGGAGAGAAACCCUAUAAAUGUAACGAAUGUGGAAAAACCUUCAGGCAGACUUCUCAAGUUAUUCUACAUUUGAGAACCCAUACUAAGGAGAAACCCUAUAAAUGUAGUGAGUGUGGGAAAGCCUAUCGUUACAGCUCGCAGCUUAUUCAACACCAGAGAAAACAUAAUGAGGAGAAAGAAAUCUCAUAAAUAAAAUAUAUUGUUGGUAGUAGUCCUAAUUGCUACAUUUUGUAAAAGCAAUUUUUCAUUAUUAUCAACUUAAUUCAGUUUUUAAGACUCCAUGCAGGGAAAGUAACCAGAAACAAAGAUUAACAGAGGGAUAUUCAUGCCAGCAUCAUAUAUAACAAGGAAGAGAACUAGAUUUUCAAUAGGACGUGGUUUAAAUGAAUGAUAGUCUAUCUACUUGAUGGUUUUGCAGCCAUUAUAUAAACAUCUUUAAAGAAUAUUUAAUGCCAUGGGGAAAAAAUUUGUAUAAUACAGAAGAUAGAGAAAAAACAAGUUUGAUCCAAAUAUCUGAAAAGCAGUUACAUAUAGUAGAGAAAUGGUUAUGAAAUAAUACCAAACCAAAACAUUGACAGUGAUUAUCAUUGGGUGAUAGAAUUAUAGGCUAUUUCUAUUUUCUUCUUUAUACUUUUCUAUGCAUUUUAGAUUUUCUACAAUGAGAACAUACUACUUUUAUAUUCAGGAAAGAAGUACA